AUGACAAGCGUGUACCCCCUCGAGGUAAAGAUUCAAGUUCCCAACGGAGAUGAAUGGAACCAAAAAACGGGACUUUUCAUUAACAAUGAAUUUAUUUACUCGGACAAGAAGGAACUAAUAGAAGUGGAAAAUCCAGGUAAUGGCACAACUAUAUGUUCAGUUUAUUUAGCCGAUAAGUCUGACGUGAAUAAAGCUGUGCGGGCCGCCAAAAAUACUUAUGAAACCGAAUGGAAGCAUUUUAGUGGUCAGAAGCGGUCGAAUAUAUUGCUGAAAAUUGCCAAUUUGAUUCGGAAGAACAGUUCACAUUUAGCAGAUCUAGAGGCACUUGAGUCGGGAAAACCAAAAAAUAAUAAUGCGAUAGGAGAUGUUUUGCACACAGCCGAUGUGUUUGAAUAUUUUGCAGGUCUUGCCGUGACGGCAAAGAGUGGUAGAACAAUCGAGACUGAGCCAUCUAAAUUCACGUACACUAUCAUGGAACCUUAUGGUGUGUGUGGAGCUGUAAUUGCCUGGAACUUUCCCUGCUCAACAUUCGGGUGGAAAACUGCACCAUGUCUAGCAGCUGGAAAUACAAUUGUCGUCAAGACAUCGGAACUAACACCUUUAUCUGCUCUAUACAUUUGUGAACUAGCAAAGGAAGCUGGCUUACCCGCGGGAUGUCUCAAUGUGACCUGUGGUAAAGGAACAACGGCAGGCGCCGCAUUAUCAGAGCAUCCGGAUGUUAUGAAGGUGUCAUUUACUGGCUCCACGAAUGUCGGAAGAAUUAUUCAGUCUAGUGCUUCUGUAAAUCUGAAGGCUUGCACAUUAGAAUGUGGUGGCAAAUCUCCAUUGGUGGUUUAUGAUGAUGCAGAUUUGGAGCAAUCCAUUAAAUGGGCAGCAUUUGGUAUAUUUUUUAAUAAAGGUGAAAUUUGUACUGCGUCAUCUAGAAUUUAUGUUCAAGACACGAUCUAUGAUGCAUUUCUAAAGAGGUUCGCUGAAUAUGUGAAGUCAACCUUUGUUCAAGGUGAUCAAUUUACCGAGGGAGUCAAUGUUGGACCCCAGAUAUCGAAAGCACAAAGGGACAGAAUUUUAGGAUACAUCAAGACAGGGGUUAAGGAAGGGGCAAGGCUUCUGACAGGUGGAUCAACCCCGGAGAACCUAGCUGACAGUAAGGGAUACUUUUUAUCCCCAACAAUAUUGGCAGAUUGCAACCAACAAAUGAGAGUUGUCAAAGAAGAAAUUUUUGGUCCUGUUGUUACCGUGUCGAGGUUUCAUACGGACGAAGAAGCAAUAAAACUAUCUAAUGACACUAAUUAUGGAUUAGCGGCCUAUGUUUUCACAAAAAAUUUAGAACGUUCGCAAAAAUUCAUCACUGGUGUUGAGAGCGGCCAGGUGUUUGUAAACAUAACGUUUGCCGCCGAUUACAGAGUUCCAUUCGGUGGAUAUAAAAUGUCAGGAAGAGGGAGAGAGUUAGGCGAGGCAGGACUUGCUGCAUUUCAACAGGUCAAGGCUGUGCACAUUAACCUGGUACACCGGUCACAAACAUCCAAACUUGAAAAGAAAGAACAUGCAUAUUCCGAACAGAACGAAGAUGAAAGAACAGAUGCAUUUUUAGCAAAUACCAAAUUUUGUUCUGUGGAGCAGCCCCACACUGCUCCUCCAAAGCCAGGUAUUUUUCGCUCAGCUAUCUCUGCUUUGUUUGAUAAGAAAUUACCGACUCAUAAUGAACAACUAUCACAAGUAAUAAAAAAAUCGAAAGCAAAUGAAGCGGAUAGAUUAGACUCUGUAGCGUCGACGAACUAUUUAAUAAUUUCGAAUGCUUCUCUUACGAGAGUGUCACAGAAUAACAAAUAUAGAACAGAAACCGAGGAUAAGAAUGCUUCGUCCUCUUUUGAUUUGCCGGUUUUAUUGCAGUUGCUUUCACAUAAUUCUAAUGAAGAACGAAACUUUGGGCUAAUUCUUCAGAGUGAUUACUCCUCUUUGAAGUCGUUGUUUAGCAAGAAAUUUUUGAAACAUGAAAUUCAGAUUCCAGAUUUUGGAAGCAUUCCUCUGCUACGAAUAUUCUUAAUGAAGCGUGACUAUGGUCAGGCUUUAUCCAUUGUGAAAGUGAAUUUUAAAAGUGGGAAUAUAUUAACACCCCAAGAAUUUGUGCAACUACUUACAAUCUUAUAUCCAAAAAAAAAACUGGCCUUUUCUUUGGUAGAAAUGUAUGCUCAAAAGUACGAUAUUUCCGCAUUUGAUCAUGAAUGCAAGAGGAAGAUACUUCAAUUAGCUUAUUAUAAUGGAGACUUUCCGAUGUUUGAUGAAUUGUUUCGUUCAUUUCCCAACAAUUCAAAAAUAUCCACACCCUCAUUACUGAGCAUUGCUUUAAAAGCAUACAUCGAGUCAGAUAGGAUAGAUACUGCAGUUCGGCUUUUCGACUUUUCGGUGAAAUCCCGGGAGAAAUUGCCGUGCUAUGUAUUGGAUACAUACAUUAAAGAUUUGCAAAGGGUAACUCACAAUGCAGAAUUGUGCUAUAAUGCUUAUAGACUUUGGAUAUCUGCAAAUUUGCAGACAUGGCCUCAAACAGAUGCACUAGUGUAUCAAUUUCUAAGGAGAUUUGGUACAUUGGAACAGCAAGACUGGUUUAUGGGCUGCCUUACACGAAAAGGUCGUGCGACGCAUCCUGAGAUUCUAAUGGUUGAUCUAACUUCCAAAUUAGUGUCUCGUGCCAACAUGAAGCAUUUCUAUAGUACAGGUGGAUAUCAAAAAUGGAUUUCACUAUUAAAGUCGGACAAUACUUUAUUGGAUAAAUUUAAGACAAAAAUGUUUGACCUUAAUAUGGUACAUGGUUUGUAUGAUAAUGUUGUUCAUAUUUUACGAGAGUCCACCACGGAAAAAGAUUUUCUACGACGACUGGACAAACUUCUGAUACAUUUGAAAUCGUAUGGACAAUCACACACUUUGGGUGAAUUUUUGUUGAAGUUACAUAAAGAGUUGGGAUUAAAGAUACAUCCCUAUUAUAUUGAAAACAUUUUGAGAUGCUUGCAAGCAGAACAUCCUGAGCACUCAUUGGAAAUCAAAAAUCUGUUUUGUAAAUUUUUUUCAGACGACAACACGGGAAAAAAUUCACACAUGAAGAUAAAGCUUGAAAAGCAACUUACACCUUUAAAUAAUGUUAUAGGAAAAAGACACAACAGUUCCAGAAAAAUUAACGAUAUGACUAUACUUGCCGUGGAAAAUAGAGCCAAAUCAGGCAUUCAUCCAGUCCAAUAUGAUCUGCUAAUUGCUAUGAAGAAAUGUAAGAGUAUUGAUGAUUUCAGAAGGACUAUUAGGUUAAUUUAUAAAUAUCAAGGAGAGCUUAAUGCCGAUAAUUUGAAAUUCCAGAUAGAGGCGUUCUGGAAACAGAGAGAUCUUAGAAUUUCGAUUCCAGGUGGAAGAUCAGCGAGAACAUUUCUUAAGAAAGUAUUAAAUGACGAACAUAUAUUUAACAGUGCAACACUGUAUGAUAUUAUUAGAUUGGUUAUGAUAAGCACAAAAUUCAAUGAUUUUGACGUUGGUAUUGAGCUUUUGAAGAGGCUACAAAAACGAAACUUAAAGCCCUCGAAUAGGGCAGAAAUGGAAAGAUUUGCAUACUGCCUGUUAAAUUUCUUUUUUAAGAAAGGUGACUUCAAGUCCGUUCUUUUGAUCUUGGAAGAAAUUAACAAAACCGAGGGAUUCCCAAUUAGUAUGCAGUUGGUAGAAAAUCUUGAAAAUAUACGUUCAAAAUACUCUGGUGAGAUUAUUCGGCAGUUGGAAAACGAACAGGAGGAUGAUGCAGGUAACAAUACGGUAAAUCAGAUGGCACUAAAAAAGGCAGUUUAUAGCAAAGUUAUGAAGUAUUAUUCAAAUACCACACUGCAAAUGCAUAAUACAGCAUUGAAACAAAGUCAAAAUAUAGAUCAUGAAAUAGAAUACUUUGCAAGACGCUUUAAGGAUUGGAUGAAUGAAGAAUAUACUUUGCGACAGUAUAAAUGA